CAGCACGCCAUGUUUAUUUCUUUUCUUUGCCGUCAUUUCGUUACCGCGUGUCCUUGAUACAGCGGUGAUUGUCAACAAUUAAGUAUUACAUAUUUUGUACACAGCCUCCAUGAAGAUGAGUAAAAAAGUCCGUGAAUAUAAGUCAGGAGACUUUAUAUUCGCCAAAGUAAAAGGGUACCCAGCAUGGCCUGCAAGGGUUCAAAAACUAAAUGGAAAGAGAUAUUUUGUAUAUUUCUAUGGAACUGGAGAAACAGCAAAUUUACCACCGAAUAUGAUAUUUGAUUAUGCAGAGAAUAAAGAUAAAUUCCUAACUAAGAUGGUUAAGCGACGGGACUUCAAUGAUGGUGUUAAGCAGAUUGAAUAUGAUUUUGCGAAUAAUGUUCCUUUGGAGCAGGUCGUUGGAUUGGCAGAAGCUUCCGAAGUUCCUAACAACACUAUUAAUGAAUCUGCAAAUGAAACUAUGGAUGAUUCUACCGCAGACACGACCGCUGCUGAUGAGACAAUGGCUGAGGAAAACACAACACAGAAUGAUACAGGAAUCGAAGAUUCGGAUGAAACAGGGGCUUUAGUUAUUGAUGAAGGGAAAGCAGUCAUACAAAAGGGUCGAAAAUCGACAGCCAAAACUCCAGCCAAGGAACCCUUAAAAGCAAAAGAGCCGAAGACUCCACGAGGACGACCAAAGAGAGAUGAGGCAGAGGAUUUGAAGGAUGAUGAAAAGAAAGAAGACGAAAUAGUUAGCAGAAGUGGAAGAAAAAUAAGGCCUAAGCGAUAUAUAGACGAACAGACCGAAGAUAAUGCCACCCUCCCGUCACCAGCGCCGAAGAAACGACGCGGCGUCUCCCCGCCAAUAGACAAAGAAAAAGAAAAGGAGAAGGAUAAGGUUGAUCCACCCAAAGACAAAGCCGAGAAGAAUAUUAAACACUUUAACGCCGUACCACAGUCUGAACUCGAAGAUUUGAAAGAGCCUUUUACUCCAGAAGACGCUGAAAAAGAGAACAUCGUAAUAGCAUACCUGCCGUCCGGCCAAUAUAUUGGUAUCAAGCUAUUCCAAUCCAGACCAAACAGUUUCAAGAAUGAAAGCAUUCGACUGCAGUGGGACAGGCAGGCUGCCUCUAAUGCGCUCACGCUGAAAAUGCAAUUAGAAAAGGGCCAAAUAACAGCACAAUCUGUGCUAGCUCAAUUAGUCAUGGACCUGAAUCUCACUGAUGAAGAAAAGGCUACAUUGGAUAAGGAAAGAGAGACAGAUGAAAAGAAAUCACGCGUUCAAUUCUUGAAAACGGAAAUGAAAUUGAUAGAGCUAGACGCGAAGAUCAAAACCUGCUUGUGUCUUGAGAAGGCUGACACGGAACUGUGCUUGAAGUUAUUAGAUGAACUAAUGGAGCUGGACGUGAAGCCGCUGAUGCUGCUGAAGCACCCGACGUGCCUGGAGACGGUGAAGCGCAUGCGCGCGUACGUGGGCAACACGCCGUCGUGGGACCUCAGCGAGCGCGCCGCGCUGCAGUUCUCGCAGCACGCGCUGCGCAUCCGCCGCCAGGCCGACGCGCUCUACGCCGCCAUGCAGGAAUUAUUCAAAACACCAGAAGGUUUAUCGUUUUGGGAAUUUUUCAUGGAACGAGUCGCUUUGUUCAAGAAAGUAACGUCGAAGUUGUCAUCCGAUGAGCUGCUCGAAUUGGUACACGAACCGUUAGAAAUGUCAGUGCCUACAUCUCACACGAUGAAAACAUCAGUGGAAGCGGCGAACGAAGAGGAACAGCAAGAUGAUGAACCUGGGAAGAAGGCAAAGUCUACACCAGCGAAAACAAAGAAAACCAAUAAUACAACAUCGAAACCGCCGUUGAAACGACAAUCUUCUAGAAAACUAGAAGAGAAGGAAAGAGAGAAAGAAAAGGAAAAAGAGAAAGAAAAAGAACAGAGUCCAGAAGUGACUACAGAUACAAACAGCAAACCAGACGAGACUGAACAAGUCGAAAAUAAUUCAGAGACAAAAGAAACAACCAAAGACAAUACAGAAGACAAAGAAACUGAGAGCCCAGAAGAUACAGUUACAGAAAGUAAAGAUAAAGAAAAUAAAAAAGAUAGUAAAGAUAACACAGACACAGAAGAAACGGAAACAGCAGAUUCAACAGAAAACGUAGCAAAAGAGACAGCGGAAGAGACAAAAAGUAUAGAUAAGUCAAAGGAAAGUUCAAAUGAAGAAGAGAAAAAAGAAACCUCAAAAGAAAAAGAUAAAGCAAAAGAGGAAACUGAAAAAGAAGAUAAAACAGAAAAGAGUGAUAAAGAAGAGAAAGAAAAGGAAAAGAUUGAAGAUGAGCCCCGAGCGAAGCGAACGAGAGAGAGCAAGAAGACUGAACCGCCCCCGAGAUCACCAACGAAGAGAAAGUCAAAGUUUUAAA